GAAGCUGGCGGCUUGAGCUCAUACCGGAAGUGGCUCCCAAGGGGGAAGGCGCUGCUGGCCGGGGCCAUUCGCGAGCCGGGGACCUGAUGAGGCGAUGAAGCCAGCAGUGGACGAGAUGUUCCCCGAGGGCGCCGGGCCCUACGUGGACCUGGACGAGGCAGGAGGAAGUACAGGUUUAUUGAUGGACUUAGCAGCUAAUGAAAAGGCAGUUCAUGCAGAUUUCUUUAAUGAUUUUGAAGAUCUUUUUGAUGAUGAUGACAUCCAGUGAAAUUACUCUUCCAGCUAUGCAAUGCUAAGGUGUGGAAUCCUCCUGUAGGAUUGUCUUUUGUUUGUUUAAAAAAAAAAAAAAAA